CUUUUCAUUUAACUUAAAAGUUGAUUUUCGGAGAAAAUUAAAAUAGCACAGUUGCUAUUUCCCAUUUCCAGAAAAAGAGAUACGGAGAUAAUCGGAUGGAGCCAGGAGCUGGAGAAGACUCAUCAACUGACGAUUACGAAUUGUUGAUUUCGACAACCGACGCUGAGCUGCUGAAGCGCUCAUGGCGUAACGAAAAGGCAGCGCCGGAGAUUCUCAAAUUCGAAGCUGCUUUAGUUCAGAGAUCCCGAGAACAGAUCCAUUUGAUGGAAGAAACGGUGGAAGAGUUCACAAGAAAUGCUGUUGAUCCACUCACAGUGUCCCUUUACCAGAUGGACUUGGACCGGACCCUGUUCCUAUUGAGAUCAUAUCUCCGCACUCGUCUUCAAAAGAUUGAAAAGUACGUUCUUCACAUCCAAAAAACGACUGAAUUAUGGAACCGCCUUUCUAAACAAGAACAAAAAUUUGCUGUAAGGAGUGUUGGGGACCUAACACAACAUCUGGAACAAUCUGUGCUCACAAAAUUGCCUGAUCAGUACCAGUCCCAUUUGAAGCAAUCUGGGGCUAGUGAAGAUGAUGACAUGGUUCCAGAGCCAAAGCUGGACACCUACAUUAUUUGCAGAAGCAAGAAAUUUUUAGGAGCGUUUCAGCUGGAUGACAGUGGGGAAGAGCCUGUCAACAUUGAAGCUGAUGAUUUGUAUGCUUUACCUUACAAGUCAAUAAAGCCACUAGUGGAGAGCGGCCAAAUCGAUCUUGUUUAACCAUUUACUUUACAAGCUUAGGAACUUUUUUUAUUGGAAAAACACGCUAAUCUAUAUGUAGUGGCGGUGUUUCCUCUAACCAGCAUCAAAAGUUUCUUGUAUUGACCAAGUAAAUCUUUAGAUAUUAUGUUUGAAUGAACUCUACAUGACGUGCUGUUUCUUUUGCCUUGUGAACAAGUUUCUUAACAGUAAGAUACUUUUUAUUUGAAAAAAAGUUGUAAUGAA